GUCAUGCCGAUCCUUAACCCACUCUCAAUUUGUCAAUCUCGAUUUUGCAUACGGCCUAUUAGGUACUAAGGCAGUCGUUAUAGCAAAGACUUCUAAUUAUUUUUCUUUUUUAUUCUUUUACAUAGUACCAAAUAACCUCGUUCAAUUCAACUACCCGAGUAUCUAAUUUUCUGGUCGCCAUGUCUGCCAAUCCGUUCCUCUUAGCUGCCGACAAUAGUCCAGCUCUACUACCUCUCCUUCGAGAGAACCCUAGUCUAGCUUCCGAACAGGAUUCUCACGGCUACUCCCUCGUUCAUGCGGCGGCAAGUUAUAAUCAUCUCGACCUCCUUCGUACUCUAAUCCGCGAGUUUAAUGUGGAUGUCAACUUGCGCGACGAGGACGACGAGACAGCUCUCUUCGUGGUUGAGACUGUCGAGGCUGCCCGCGCUCUAGUUGAGGAGCUAGGAGCUGAUAUUACGAUCAAAGGCUCUGAAGGAUAUACGGCUUUCCAGAAAAUAGUUGAAGAAGGCGAUUACCCAGAGGUUGCCGAGUACCUAAAAACCAAGGAAGAGGCCAGUCAUGCGCAAGCCCUGUUGAAUGGGACCAAUGGGGACACAAACGCCGCGCCGCCCGUACCAGAAGGCCUCAGCAUAUCCCUUAGCACAGUCACAGAUGCAGAGGAGACCGAACUCGAAGUUGAUCCCGAAUUUCGAAGAAGGAUAGAACAGUUGGCUGAACGGGACGACUUCCACUCCGAUGCUGGCCAAGCUGAGCUCAGGCAACUAAUCCAAGAUGCCAUAGCGGAACGUAAUCCCGCGGAUCGUAACGUUCGUCCAAGACAAGACUAACUAAAUUGAAUUCCUCGAC